AUCCUGUUUCUUGUUUCACUGUUUGAUGUCUUAGCCACGAUUAUUACCUCCCCUCUGUGGGACACAAAUAUUUGAAUGCAAGAUGUUGAAUAGCAUUAACAUGUUAAAAAAAAAAAAAAAAAAAAAAAAAAAUGUCUGUUUCCUUUAAAGGGGCCGAGCUUCGGUUUGGCCUUGUUCUGUGACCUACCCAGUGCAGGAUGUUAACUGGGUGUUUUAAUGAAACUAACCGCUGAAUUAAACGAGUUGAUAUGCUAUAAAACAAUACAUCAGAGGUAUGAGUUCUGUGCUCUGCUUGCGGUGACGUUUUUUUAUGAUGGUGCAUGUAUGUGCUCAAGUCAUUCAUUUGUAAUGCUUUAGUAAGACACUGCUGCAGUGUUUCCAUUUUAUUUUUAAAAUGAGAACAUUUUAAAAAUAAAAUGUAGAGCUUUGGUGCAAAAGCUCUACCAGUAAUACGCCAAAGGGAUGCAGCCGUGUUUUAUAAAACAUCUUUUCUGUCACGCUUUUUAAGUCCAUUAUGAUUUAGAUUUCUCACCCAAGUUAAAGUUUGUUUGAUUUACCUGACAGAGUUCUUACUUCUCUAUAGUAUUGCGUUGUCUUUAAGCAUUUUUCAGGCAUGGGUAAGUAUGAAAACUUGUUUGUACUUCUUAUUCUGUUAUAUUAAUAAUUAAUCUAAAUUUCUAAGCAAUAAAAUGAACACUACAAUGAUUUACACUUAAUUUAAAUCCUUAAUCUUUGACUUACCACACCUCAAAUAGAUUUUUUGGAGAAACCUACUACUAGACUUACAAAGGAUAAGUCCUGACUUUACUCACUUUUUAAAAUUGCACUUCUCUUUGGCAUCUAGACCAGAUCACUCUGUGAUUUAAAAACUUAGUCUGGUUCACAUGUCAAACCACUGAAACUCUUAGUUUUUUGGUUUUAGGAACCAAUACAGAAUAAAAAUAUAAAACGCGUACCAACAGUGUUGUAAUGAACCUGUUUAGUGUAUAAUAAAUCAAGAUUUUAUUAUUGUUUGCCCCACAUUUUCCCCUUUAGCAGAUUUUUUUUACUGACCAGCAAGUUCCACUAGUUUUAAGCUCCACGUCUUGGAUUAAGGUCCAGACUCUGACUUGGUCAUUCCAAGGUUUAAUAUUACGUCCAGUCAAAAAAAGCUGGCAAAAGAUUAAACCAAAAUUUUAACAGUGACUUUUACAUUUUGAAGAAGAGCUGAUUUAACUAGAAAAUAGAACAGCUGCAAUGUCUUGGAUUUUCAUGAUACUUUUUAUUCCCCCAACCAUAUAUUUUUUUCUUUCACUAAACUUUCCAUCAAUACACAUGGAUACAGCACUCUGUUAAUUAGCUUCCAAUUACCUUUUUGUUCCUUAUCUUCAUAGUGGGACGGUGUCAAUGACAUUUUCUGGACAAGUCAGCAGGCUUCGUCAUGAUUGUGUGGGUCUUCUAUAUCCUGAGAACCUGAGUUUAAGGUUUAAUUUAGUCGUAAGCAUUCAAAUGAAUACAAACACUGAAAUCGAUACUGUUUUUGAAGUGGGAUAUACCAAUAAUGCGAAAAAAUAACGUGGACUACAAUUAAAUACAUAGUUUCUAGAAUACUUAAUUGUUUCUGUGAAGCGGUCUGGUGUGGCCAGUUUAGUGGGAUUGGUCCACAUGACUGUUGGACAAGGAAGUGUUUCGGUCGUCAGGUGAACGUUUCUCGGCACACCAGUCGGACCUGUGAACAACACGCCAGUAAGGAUGGCACUCCGGGCAGCUAGUAACCGCUUACUGUAUUUCCAGAGGACAUGUUUUAAGGUCAACGCCCUUGAAGCUCACCUGGGUGUCAGAUCCAAGGCAACCUGUCCUGUUGAAGUGAGCCACCUAGAUCAUUUGGUGUUGACGGUAAAAAGUGUGCCGGACACAAUCAACUUUUAUACAUCAGUUCUUGGAAUGGAGGUUGUCACUUUUAAGGGGAACCGUAAAGCUCUGGGUUUUGGGAAACAAAAGUUUAACCUUCACCAGUUGGGCAAAGAAUUUGAACCAAAAGCUAAACAUCCAACUUCAGGCUCUGCAGACCUGUGUCUCAUCACCAAAACCCCUCUGACUGAAGUAGCUGCUCAUCUGAAGGUUUGUGGUGUUGAAAUUGAAGAGGGACCGGUGCAGAGGAGUGGAGCUGUGGGACCCAUCACCUCUCUUUACUUCAGAGAUCCAGACCACAAUCUCAUUGAAGUGUCAAACUACAGCCAGUCAGCACCAGACGGCUCCUCUUGAACCUCCUAGUGAGCAUGUAAAAAUGCACUGUCAGCACACGACGGGGUCUAUAACCAUUAAAGGUUUAAACCAAAAUGACUGGUAA